CGGAUUUUUCCUCAUCCCAACCAGCGACGGCAAGUGCGGACGUGCAGUGAGCGCUGUGGAAGGGAUGGGCAAGAAGGACAAGAUCAGCGCGGAUGCGAUGACGCUGUUCCGCAAGCAGCAGAAGACGAAGGAGAAGAAGAAGCUAAAGGUUGACCGCGUCAAGGGCAAGACGUCCAAACUGGCAGACAUGGACCCCACCGAUCUCCGCGACAAGAUCAAGAAGCUGGAGACUGACGAACGCAACAGCGCGUUGGACGGAGCAGGGCGCCAGCGCAAGCAGGAGCUCGAAGAUACGCUGCGCCAAGUGCUCCGUCAUCGCGCCGAUACCGAAGCAGAAGCCAAGGCAACCAAGGCAGCAGCCCCUCCUGAGAUCAAGUCUGUCAAAGAUUUGGCCAAUUUGAACGCAAAAACGUACAAAAAUCCCCAACUUUCCGUGCAUUACGACCCUGUUUUCAAUCCGUUUGGAGUUGCGCCGCCCCCGGGGCACGCGUACCUCCCCAACGCCCCCAAAGUCGUUCCUGCGUCCGCCGCGGUCGCCAACUUAGAUCUCCACAACAGCAUCCCUGGCCAGCCCCCGUUGCCCAAAGGUCCCCGACCCCGCCAACGCAACAAGAAUCGGCCGCCGUUACCAGGGGGGCCCCGUCCAUUUCGACCACCCCCCCCACCCCCCACCCAAGACAAAAAGCCGCCCCGUGCCGUUUUACCCCCACCCCCGACCGUCGUUUUACCCCCACCCCCUCCCCCGACCGUCGUUUUGCACCCACCCCCUACUCGACCCCCGCCGCCACAAUCCCUGCCUCCUCCAAUGAAGGAAGACACAAUGGACGAGAUCCAACAAGAGCAACUGCGUGCGAUGGUGCCUACAGCCCUGCGCCACCACCACCACCAGCCGAUGCCACGUCACAGAGAAAUGGUGGGGCCCCCCAGCCAGUUGCUUUUUCAACCCACCCCCCUGGACCCAUCCAAACCAACUAAGUCCGCAGACGACUACGCGCGAUUUAUGGCAGAAAUGAAGGCCAUGGGGGCUCUGUAAUAAUAUAAAGCGCUUUGAAACCUCU